ACAGUAGGGGAGCUUUUAGGUUACCUGGAACGUCGAGCAUUGUCAUUGGAAAACGACUCCGUUCCCAACAAGCAACCUCAACCCCAACGGUUGACUAGUAUUGCAGUAACUGCACCUGCUUCUACCUCCUGCACCUAUUGCCCUGUUGCCACUCCAUGAGUCAAUAAGUAACGAGGGUCCUGCAAAAACAGGCACAACAUUCUCCGAGCAACCAUCUAUAAUUCACACAUCAUUUGGGCACAUAGUAGCGGGACGCAGUGCCUAUGACACUGCCAACAGUAAGCAGGUUAUAUCUUUAUUUUGUCAGGAGUGUGAUAGCAAUUUAAAUGAGUCAUUGAGUGCAUUUUGGGAAACUGAGCGAGUGUCUGAAAUCUUCCCCGAGCAAUUGCCUGAACAAGAGUAUUGUGAAAAGUUUUUUAAUGAGACUACAAAGCUUGACAAUAAUACAUUUCAAGUUUCGAUGCCUAUUAAAGUCCCGUUACAUCAAAUAAACUUAGAACUGGGAGAAUCAUUUCACUUAGCCUAUAAACGAUUUCUUAAUUUGGAAAAGAAAUUACAUAAAAACACAAACCUUUUCCACGAAUACAAAAAGUUUAUCGAUGAAUAUAUUGAAUUAAAUCAUGGUGAGUACAUUAAUAUAAAUAGCUAUAAUUUAUCGAAAGAUCCUAUUUACUUUCUCCCUCACCAUGCUGUAAUUAAAGAGAAUGCUCGUUCUACAAAAUUAAGAGCAGUAUUCGACGGCUCAAUGCGUACGAACAAAAGAAUUUCAUUGAACGAUCUGUUACUCAAUGGCCCUGUAGUACAGAAAGAUUUAUUAGAAACACUUAUAGCUUUCAGAUUAGGAACCUUUUUCUUUAUCUGCGAUAUACGUAGGAUGUUUAGGUGCAUUAGAUUAGAUCCUAGUCAACGUUCACUUCAAAACAUAUUAUGGCGCGAAUCACCAGAUGAAGACAUCAAGUGCAUACAGCUGUCUACUGUCACUUAUGGUCUAAAGUCGUCAUCUUAUUUAGCCACUCGUUGCCUGAUUGAACUUGCCAAUAGAUAUAAGGAACAAUUUCCAUUAGCAUCCUCUAUUUUAAUUAAUAACACCUACGUCGACGAUGUAUUAGUUAAUAAUAAUAACAAGCAAGUAUUAUUAAAAAUGCAGACUGAAUUAGUAGAGUUACUUGCUCUGGGAGGAUUUCAGCUCCACAAGUGGGCUUCCAACUGUGACUCAGUACUCAAAAAUGUACAAAAUAAUAAUUACAACCAAGAAAGCGAGGUUGAUUUAAGCAAAACUGAAACAUCUGUAAAAACUUUAGGUAUUGAAUUCGUUAUUAAUGAUGAUACCUUUACAAGCUCAUGUCCUGAACCUUACACUAGUGUAAAUGAUAGCAAGAGAGACAUACUUAGCUAUAUUAGUAAGUUCUAUGAUCCACUAGGGUUAAUCGGUCCAAUUUUUGUUCGUGCAAAGGUAAUCAUGCAAAAACUGUGGGCUUCUAAUACAGAUUGGGACUCUCCUCCCCCACAAGACAUACGUCAGAUGUGGAUAGAAUUUGUUAGGGACUUGUCACAGAUGGAACCUUUAAGUGUACCUCGAUGUGCCAUAGCUAAUAAUUGUGUAGUCAUUCAAUUAUUAGGUUUUGCCGACGCAUCCUCAGUUGCAUAUGGCUGCUGCUUGUAUUUGCGUUCUACUGACACACAAGGCAAUGUACACAUCCAAUUGUUAUGUUCAAAAUCUAGAAUUAAUCCAUUAAAUAAAAGCCUUACUACUCCCAGGCUAGAAUUAAAUGCAGUCUUGCUUCUUACGAAAUUAACUGUAAAGGUACUCAAUGCAUUGAGUGCCAAUAAUAUAAAAUGUGAUAAUACUUACCUAUUUUCAGACUCACAAAUAGUUUUAGCAUGGCUCAAAAUAGAUUCCGCGAAACUACAGACCUAUGUCGCGAAUAGAGUAAGAGUAAUAACAGAGCUCUCUCAUAAUUAUCACUGGUUAUAUGUAAAUACUGAUGAGAAUCCUGCAGAUUGUCUCAGUAGAGGCCUUCAUCCUAAUGAACUUAAGGCUAAUAACAUGUGGUUGUAUGGCCCAUCCUUCUUACAUGAUAAAGAUUAUAAAUUUUAUUUGAAGUCAGAGAUAGUGACACAAUUACCCGAACUUAAACAAAACAUUACAAGGGCAGUAUGUGUCAAAGUAACAGCCAUUGAUUGUGAUGUAUAUGAAAAGUUAAAGAAAUUUUCCAGUAUUAAUAAAAUGACUCGUGUACUUGCCUAUAUACUUAGAUUUUGUACAAAUAUUAAUCCUAACAAAAACAACAAAAUUAAAGGAUUUUUAUCAACCAAAGAGCUAAAUAAAGCACUAAUGUUAAUUAUAAAUAAUGAACAACACAUAUACUAUGCGAGUGAUAUUAAAUCUUUACAAGUUCACAAUCGAGUAGAUAGCAAUUUAAAACCUCUGACACCGUUCAUAGAUAAAGAUGGCAUUAUAAGAGUAGGCGGACGUUUACAAAACGCAUCAAUCCCCUACUCUAGCCAACAUCCUGCCAUAUUGCCAAAGGAAUCAGUGAUAACAGCCUUGAUAAUUAAAGAUGAACACAUUAAGCUAUUACAUGCCAGUCAAAAACUAUUAUUAAGCUCUAUUAGGCAGAGAUUUUGGAUCAUUGAUGGUCUAAGAACAAUAAAAAAAAUUAUUCACAAAUGUGUAACCUGUUGCAGAUUGAAAGCCGCUGCUGCAGCUCAGCUGAUGGGUUCCUUGCCUACGCAACGCGUAAACGCGUGCCGCGUCUUUGAAAAAAUUGGUAUUGACUUCGCUGGGCCAGUUUCGGUAAAAAAUAGCCGCAUUCGAAAGCCAACUAUAGGCAAAGGUUACAUUGUAUUGUUUGUAUGUUUCGUCACUAAAGCUAUUCAUCUAGAGCUAGCCUCAGAUUUGACAACCGAUACUUUUCUCGCAUGCUUUAAACGAUUCAUUGCGAGACGAAACCUGCCCAGCGACGUCCACUGUGAUAACGGCUCGACGUUCAAAGGGGCAAGGAACCAAUUAGAUGAACUGUAUCGCUUGCACGCUUCUCGAAGUCACCAAUGCGAAGUACAAUCCUUCGCGGCUGCUAGAGGAAUCAAUUUCCACUUUAUACCUAGUUACAGCCCGAUAUUUGGUGGACUUUGGGAAAGCGGUGUAAAAAGCGUGAAAUAUCACUUGAAACGUGUAGUAGGCAAGGCGUUACUCACGUAUGAGCAACUCAAUACUGUUCUAGUAGAAAUAGAGGGCGUUCUUAAUUCUAGACCGCUCACCGCAGUUACUGCCGACCCAAAUGACCUCAAUUACCUCUCUCCAGGUCAUUUUCUGACAGGAGCACCUCUUAAUUCUUAUCCAGAACACAAUAUGUCAGAUACACCAACUAAUUUACUUAAAUUUUGGUCUAUAACCGUAAGUAUGAAACAAAACUUUUGGAAAUAUUGGAGUAAACAUUAUUUGUGUCUUUUACAAAGCAGGCCCAAAUGGCGUGACGUUUCUUCUAACGUAAAAAUUGGUAGCUUGGUCAUAUUACGUAGUGAUAAUAGUCCUCCUUUGCAUUGGCCUAUGGCUCGUGUGUCCAAUAUCUUUCCAGGGAAAGAUGGCCAGGUUAGAACUGUUGAAGUUACUCUUUCAAACGGUCAUGUUCACAAUAGGGCAUUAUCAAAAAUAUGUUUGCUACCUAUCGAUUCAUAAAAGUGUUUGAUUCUAAAAUGUAUAAUUUUAAUAUUUAAGUAUUCCUAUGUCUACAUAACCUAUGUUGUAAAAUUUAUGCUGUAUUUGUCAAUUAAAUUUUAAAUUGUUCAUUUUGAGGGCGCAGCUUAUGUUGGCAACAUAAUAUAGUUUAUUUUUUGUUAUCUGUAAUUUUUCUAUGUUGUAUAAUUUAUUUGUCUAUGGUUUUUCACUUCCUUCCGUUUUCCAUUCGUUCUUGUAAAAGUGUGCUCAAAUAAAGUGGUUAGUGGUGUGUUAA